CCCAAAGGGUGAAAGCUUUGACCCAUGCAUUCACUUUUUUCAGAGUGCACCACUUUGAGCUCCUGAGCUGUUGUACAUUUCGUUGAUGGCCACUGCUUGACUCAAGGUUGAACAGGCCAGCUGGGCUGGAGUGCAUAUGGUCUCUGAGAUGGCAGGUUACAUGUGCUAUCUGUUUCUGGCCAGCCUACUGACUCCUCAAUGGGUAGGAGCUAAAUCCGCAGCCCAGAUGUGCGUGGAGGUUACAACCAACCUCACCUACAACUGUGAAAACCUAGGACUUGAAGAGAUUCCUGAAAGUCUUCCAGCCACAACGAAAUUUCUUGAGUUCGGUUUUAACUUUCUGCCUGACCUACAAAACUCAGCCUUCAGCAGACUCAGAGACUUGGUCUACUUAGAUUUAACCAGGUGUGAAAUUAACUGGGUACAUGAAGAUGCUUUUGAAAACAAUGAUGACCUCAGCACCCUUGUACUGACUGGAAAUCCCCUGAUAUUUGUGGCAGACACAGCUUUUCAGGGUCCUAGGGCCCUGAAGUGUCUCACCUUAACACAGACAGGCAUGACCAGUGUUACAUUUAUCCCAAUGCAGAAUUUGGAAAACUUAGAAAUUCUGCGUCUUGGUAGUAAUCAUCUUUCAUCCAUCCAACUCCCCUCAACAUUUUCUGCUCGUAACCUGAAAGUCCUAGACUUUGAACUGAACGCCAUACAUCACAUCACUAAGAAAGACAUAGCAUCCUUGAAACAGGCAACCAAUUUAAGCCUUAACUUGAAAGGCAAUAACAUUCAGGACAUUGAGGAUGGGGCUUUCCACUCCACCACCUUCCAAAGCUUGAACUUUGGAGGGAUCUUUGAUGUUUCUACCGUGUUAAAGGGGCUGCAGAAUUCCACCACUCAAACUCUUUGGCUUGGGUCCUUUCAAGAUGUAGAUGACCUAGAUAUAAGCCCAGUCAUGCUGGAGGGGCUGUGUAAUAUGUCUGUGAAAGCCCUCAACAUGCAGUUCCACCAUUUCUCAAACUCAGCCAGCACCUUUCAAUGCUUCAUGGGACUCCACCAGCUGGAUCUGACCCACACUCACUGGAAGAGUUUGCCCUCUGACAUUGAAGGGAUGAAUCAGCUUAAGAAAUUAGUGUUGAAUCAAAACGAAUUUGACAAUUUGUGCCAAAUCAAUGCUGCUAGCUUCCCCUCCCUGACUCAUCUUUAUGUUAAAGGCAACAUGCAUAAGCUAGACUUGGGCACAGGCUGUUUGGGAAAACUCAAAAACCUUCAGCACCUAGAUUUAAGUCACAGUAAAGUUGUCUCACACACCUGCUGUAAUGCUCAGCUGAGGAGCCUGUCUCAUCUGCAACAUCUGAACUUGAGUAAUAACGAGCCGCAAACUCUCCAAGGCGAGGCUUUUGGAGAAUGCCCUCAGCUGAAGGUGUUGGAUUUUGCCUUCACACAUCUUCAUACUGAUGCUUCCCCAAGUCCUUUCCAAAAUCUCCACCUCCUCCAGGUCCUGAAUCUCUCUAACUGCCUUGUUGAGACCAGCAAUCCUCAGCUCCUGGUGGGUCUGCAAGGCCUUCAGUAUCUAGACCUGGGAGGCAAUCCCUUUCAGUCUGGGAUCCUCACAAAGGACAAUCUGCUCCAUCCUGUGGACAGCUUACAGGUCCUUAUUCUGUCGUCCUGUGGCCUAACAGCCCUGGAGCGGCAGGCCUUUGGAGGCCUCGGCAGACUCAGGUACCUGGAUCUGCAGCACAACAGCUUAACCAGCUUAGGCUUGGCAGCUCUUAGUGAUCUCAAGGAAACUCAUCUCAACCUGGCAGCCAAUAGUAUACGUAUCAUUCCACCUAAUCUUCUACCUGUCUUUUCCCAGCAGAGCAUUAUUAAUUUAAGUCACAAUCCCCUAGAUUGUACUUGUUCCAAUAUUCACUUUCUGACAUGGUAUAGGGAAAAUCUACAUAAAAUUUCAGACCCCGAAGAGACCACAUGUGGGGAUCCCCCAGCUCUACGAGGGGUAAAGUUGUCCAGUGUAACUCUGUCCUGUGCCCUUUCAGCUGCGGGAAUCUUCUUUUUGGUGCUAUUUGUUUUGAUGGGCAUCAGUAUGUUCACUUUCUUAAUCCGACACUGUAUAAUUAGAAAAUAUGAAAACAUUUAGGUUUGAAGGUUUCCAACAAAGGCAGGCAUGCUAGCUGACCUUCUCAAAGUUCGUGUCCACUUCCUGCUUCCUCUAAGCAGCCUUUUCAGCUUGACUCCAGAGUCCGAUGGGAAUAAAGUACUUUCUUUUUCUUUGUGGUGGUGAACUCCUGUGCUACAGGCCACAAGAGGAGCUCACCACUGUGUGCCCAAGGUUGCUGGUGGUGGUGUGAGCUGGACAGACACUAUUGAGAGAAUGAAGUGUUACUGGUUGGCUGCCAUCUUGCCCCACUCUUCUUCCACCAACAAGACUUAGGACAUGACUCUUUGGUUCCCUCUGCUGGUUUCUCAUUGCCCCCACUUCUCUCUGAGUCUAGGUUCUUCCAUGACUUUGUUGCACGAAGAGAAACAAGUAUUUUCCCCCAACCUCUCUUUCUUUCCCCACUGUAAAUAGUAUAUAACCCUGCUUUUCCA